ACGGAACACUAAUUUAACCCACACAUUUUGUAGAGGGGCGGCUUUAGGCGAACACAACAGUAUCGUACCAUAUGCAUCUGUAAGUUUUUCUCUAUUCAGAAGUUGUAAGAAAUUCCGCACGAAUAUUAUAGUUCAAACACAAAGAAGGAAAUAUAUAGAUUCACACGAUAGAGAACACAGCAAUUGUGACGGACUGGGUCGAGGAAACGAAACGCAAACCAAGCAAGAUAAAUGUUUCCUUAUCGGCUCGCUUGUCAGGACUGUGGUGUGAAGUUUGACACCAUCCGCCGCUUCAAGCAGCAUGUCCGCAGGAAGCAACAUCAACAGCAAGUGGCAGAGCUCUUCCAGACAGAUGAGUACCACGGUCAAGUCUACUUUGCCCCUUUCUUGGUUCUGGAGAAUCUGGCCAGGAAACCCACAAACACCCCAUAUCCCAUCAUCGGUCUGUGCCUGGUGACAUUGUGUGUCAGUCCAGAGGGGAGGGAUACUUUCUACCUUUGUCACAGUUGUGAGGAGAAGUGUGGCCCAGGACAGAUCAUAGACCACCUCCUCUCUGCUGACCACCUCUCCAACUACUAUAGCUACACAGACCCUGAUGUGUUGAGUUUCUCCUGGAUGCCUAACAUGGAUAUGUUGAACCUCCUACGGCCGCUAGCUGUCAAAGAGAUGGACAAGAAUGGACCUGGAGUGCUACGGGUGCUGGACAUGCCUAAGAGUGUGUCUGUGAAGUUGAAGACAAGUGGCUACUCUAAAGUCAUGCAGGCCCUGACUCAGACUGACAGGCUGGCUGAGUGUAUCAGAGCUGACAGACCAGAAAGGAUGACUAUACAAGAGUACCACAGAGACCCCAACAGGAAACACCCUCUGCUGGGUCUAGAGCACCUGGUGGAGUACUGCUGUGAAGGGCAUGGCCAAAGGAGAUCCUACCUCUGUCAGCUCUGCCGCCUCCCUGUCCCCUCACGGAGGGUCAUCCAACACACACUCGGCUUCGACCACCUCUACUGGUACUUCAAGGUGUUUCACCCCUCCACCCUCCUGAUGAAGGACUGUUAUAAAGAGUACAGCUGCAGGUUCAUCGCCAUGAUCCUGGACCUGGCCAAUCAGGUGCAAGACAUCAGUCAGUCAGCCAAUAUGGAGAUACAGCAAGUUGUGUUGGAACCAGCAGUGUUCUCCUCAGUUGAGUUUUCUGUCUACACAGAGGCUCUGAGGAAGUUGCAGACCAUUAGGAGAGCUCGUAAGGAGGGCAGCCUUAAGACCAGCAUUAUACCUGGAGACAAACUGGUUCCUUCCUCAGAAGGGUCAAAUAUUACCAAAGAUGUUACCAUGACUAACGUUGCUGAAGCUGUUCCUAUGGAGACCAAGUCAAGCCCAGAGAAGACUUAUGUCACACCUACAGCUGUUGAGACUGUAGCUACAGCAAGUACUGCUCCAGUUGUUACCAAAGCUACUAGCCAGAGAGGGAUCUGUCGACUGCACUGUCAGGACUGCAACGUGCUAUGUGAGUCUGUGUCGCAGUACAAGUUACAUGUGCGUCACUGGAAACACAAGGAGAUGCUAGGAGUUAUCUUUGAACCAGGGGACGAGGACAGUAAAGCCUGCAUCCCAUCCUUUACCUUGUAUGAGUACAUCCGGAGCUCAGAAAGAACUGAACCAAUUAUUGGUGUCUAUCUGUUGGUGAUGUGUUUGAGUACUGAGUGUUGGAAAACACCCUUCUACCUGUGUCACACCUGUCAGGAGAUAAUCCCUGCCAAUCUCGUCAUGACUCACCUCACCUCCACACUCCACCUUCGACGCACCCUGAUGUACCAGAGUCCGCAGUGUCUGCCAUUCGGGUGGGGGACAGAGAUGGGCCUGGAGGUCCUGAAGACUUUGGCCUGGGAGGAGGAGAGAGUCCGAGGAGAGAGAGACAAUGUACUGAAGGUGUUUGAUAUUCCUGACAGUGUUUUCCACAGCAUUAAGAUGUCCUCCUACUCCUCCGCCAUGAAGAAACUCAAGAACUUCCAUCGUUAUCUAAAAGUUGACAGGCCGCUGACGUUUUCCGCCCAUCUGAAAAACAAAGACCGGAGGAUUCCUAUGCUGGGUCUGCAGUUCCUGGUUCAGUACAGUGUUACUAGGGCCGGGGCCUCGUCUCCAGGCUGGGGCUUCCUGUGUUUGUUGUGUGAGAGGAAGUUGUCAGACGGACUCAGCAUCGCUCACAUACACAGCUAUGAACAUGUCACCACGUUCCUGGAGCGUGCCCAUCCAGGCUCUGUGAAAGAGGUAGAGGAGUCUGAUAAGAGGAGCGAAAUACUGCUGGACCUGGCACAACAGGCUGAGAAAAUACAUGCCAUGGGGUGUCUACAGUUCAUGAUGUUGCAACGCUACAUCGGGGAGUCCGUCAUCUAUGAGAAAGCCUUAGUGAUCUUGAAGGCGAUCAAGAAGAGAGAGAACAUGGGAGACCUGAUGCCCAUGCUACCACUUGGCAAGAAACUGGUUCCCUCCAGUUCGAUCAGAGACCAGAGCCAGACUACCCCAGAACCUGCCCCUACAUCUGUAGGAGAGGAGAAACCGACCAGGAAAGAGACUGACAAAGACAAUGAGACCGAGAUGGACAGAGAGGCCACCCCAGAAACCAUUCAAAUGACCCAGGAGACUGGGGUGGAAGUGGAUAAACGCAUUGGCAAAGAAACCUGCAGUGACACCAGUAAAGACGCUGGCAGAGAGACCAGUAAAGACGCUGGCAGAGAGACCAGUAAAGACGCUGGCAGAGAGACCAGUAAAGACGCUGGCAGAGAGACCAGUAAAGACGCUGGCAGAGAGACCAGUAAAGACGCUGGCAGAGAGACCAGUAAAGACGCUGGCAGAGAGACCAGUAAAGACGCUGGCAGAGAGACCAGUAAAGACGCUGGCAGAGAGACCAGUAAAGACGCUGGCAGAGAGACCAGUACAGAGACUGUCAAAAAGUUAGGUAGUAAGACUAGAAACAUGACAGUCCAUGAGACCAGCAAAGACACUGGGAAAAUGACCAGUACAGAGACUGUCAAAAAGUUAGGUAGUAAGACUAGAAACAUGACAGUCCAUGAGACCAGCAAAGACACUGGGAAAAUGACCAGUACAGAGACUCUUAAGGAGACUGAGAGAGAGACCUGUAGAGCUGUUAGUAUAGUGGCCAGUAGAGCCAGGAAUAGAGAAACCAAAAAAAAGCCAGAGACUUGUAAAACACCUGAAAAGAAGACCAAUACUCAGACUGUGAAAGAAAAAACUAAAGUGACUCCUCCCCCCAUCUCCCCUCCAACCACUAAUCUGUGGGAUUUCCUGAAGAGGCAGAACCGAGGGGCUGUGAUUGGUCUGAGUGCACUCAUCGAGUGCCACAGUCACGGCCAGCCCCCCCUCUACCUCUGCCAGGUGUGUGGGUGUAAAGUCUUCCAGAACGCCAUCAUCGUCCAUGUAACCACAGACUGCCAUCGACUUUCCUACCUGAGGUCGCUGAAGACAGUGGUUGUCCCCAAAGGGAACCAGCUCCAUAAGAAGUUGAGGAGAGCUGCCUUGAAGCUGGAGAGGACCAUGGGAUAUGGAGAGGCUGAGGUAACGGAGUUGGAUGCACACACUUACAAUUUUGUUGCAGAAAGAUCCUUUGCCAUUGGCCUGAACAUUGUAAUGAAGGUCAUAAAUGGUGACCUUUCACCUGACCUCCGACUGUUGGUCAGCCCUAAACCCCCUGACACCUCACCCCAGGUCAGCCCUGACCCCUCACUCCAGGUGUCAGAGGUCAGCAACCCCACCCUGACCUCUACAGCUCUGUGGUCCUACCUGAAUGCCUCCACCAGGACACAGCCUGUCAUCGGUGUCAGUAUGUUGACAGAGUUACCAGACAGACAUGGUGACUACUUCCUCUGCCGCUGCUGUUCUCACAGGAUGUUUACGUCAUCCCUCAUUGGACACCUAAUCUCUGCUCGACACCGCUACCACUACAUAAAACUAGUGUACCCUGAGCUGGCUGCUGAUUGGCCAGUGAGCCCAGAGCUGACGGUGAAGGCGGGGCCUCUUCAUGAGGAGCUGAGAGUGAGAGCUGCAGAACUGGAGGCACAGGAGGGACUAGGACAGCUCACGGUGGUAAAGAGAGAACCUGCUGCUGGAGACACAACCACUACCAAUACUGAAGAGACUGCCCAGCAGAGCCAGAACGGCUCACCUCUCACUGUGAAAGAGGAACCAGUUGACUCCAUAGUACUGUCCCAGCCCCCUAGAGGAGAAAAGAGGAACAAGAGGAGGAGCAACCCUGUGGUUGGUGUGAACUUCCUGGUCCAGGUGUCUCACAGGAGAAGGAAACAGUACUACUGUCAGCUAUGUUCUGUCAGGAUGAAACACGCUAUUGCUGAUCACAUGACCAGCCUCAGCCACCGACACAACUAUGUGAGGUUGAAGUACCCUGGUUGGACCUCCAGCCCGAUAGAGAUGGAGAAGAAGCUGUUCAAAAUGGCCGUUCACCUGGAGAAGGUCGACAGAGACGCAGGAAUGGGCAUGCAGAAGGUAGAAGUGGAAGCUGAUGAGUACAAAGAGCUGUUGUCCUUUCCUGUGGAGGAAGGUGUCAGUAAACUGCAAGCCAUCAUCAGACGGCAACAAGAGCCAUGCGAUCUGAGACACACAGCUCCCUUUUCCAAUCCCGAUGCAGCCCAAUGUCCAGCUCAAGGUAUGUGUGGGGCAGAGUCACGUGAGACCGAGGGAGUGUGUCCUCUCCCUGUCAGUCUAUCAGAGGAGGAGAAUGACCAGACACUCCUGGUUCAGAUCUCAAACCAGGAACCCCUACAAGUACCUUCCCCGUUCCUCCAGGAUCAGCCAUCCCUUACUUCCAUCCAUCUCCCACUCUCUACACCUCACCCUAUCCCCCUCUCUUCCUCAAUCCCUCCCUCCCUCUCUCCCUCAAACCCCUUUUCUACCUCUCUUUCCACAGUUGUCCUAUCUACCUCACCCUCCCUCUCUUCCUCCAUACCAUCCCACACCCCUUCGUUGUCCACAGAGAAGACGAUACACCCCUCCCCUGUCUCUGUCCCUGUUCCUGCACCUCUCUCAGCUCUGAGGAGCUCAACACAUUUGAAGGACUGGGAGACUUCUCUGAGUCCAGAGUGGUGGGAGAGGAAGAGCCCAGAAUGCAGAGAGACGCAGACGCUUCUGGAAUACUCGGACAGAGACGGACACAUUGAAUACUCAGCGAGAGGCCGACAGACUGCAUACACUGAGAGAAACCGACAGACUCAUCUAGAAUACUCUGAGAGAGAGAGACAGGCAGACUACUCUGAGAGAGUGAGACAGGCAGACUACUCUGAGAGAGAGAGACAGGCAGACUACUCUGAGAGAGAGAGACAGGCAGACUACUCUGAGAGAGACAGACGGGCGGACUACUCAGAGAGAGACAGACGGGCGGACUACUCAGAGAGAGACAGACGGGCGGACUACUCUGAGAGAGACAGACGGGCGGACUACUCAGAGAGAGGCAGACGGGCGGACUUCUCCGAGGGUGGCAGACGGGCGGACUACUCCGAGGGUGGCAGACGGGCGGACUACUCCGAGGGUGGCAGACGGGCGGACUACUCCGAGGGUGGCAGACGGGCGGACUACUCCGAGGGUGGCAGACGGGCGGACUUCUCCGAGGGUGGCAGACGGGCGGACUUCUCCGAGGGAGGCAGACGGGCGGACUUCUCCGAGGGAGGCAGACGGGCGGACUUCUCCGAGGGAGGCAGACGGGCGGACUUCUCCGAGGGAGGCAGACGGGCGGACUUCUCCGAGGGAGGCAGACGGGCGGACUUCUCCGAGGGAGGCAGACAGGCGGACUACACCGAGGGAGGCAGACAGGCGGACUACUCCGAGGGAGGCAGACAGGCGGACUACUCCGAGGGAGGCAGACAGGCGGACUACUCCGAGGGAGGCAGACAGGCGGACUACUCCGAGGGAGGCAGACAGGCGGACUACUCCGAGGGAGGCAGACAGGCGGACUACUCCGAGGGAGGCAGACAGGCGGACUACUCCGAGGGAGGCAGACAGGCGGACUACUCCGAGGGAGGCAGACAGGCGGACUACUCCGAGGGAGGCAGACAGGCGGACUACUCCGAGGGAGGCAGACAGGCGGACUACUCCGAGGGAGGCAGACAGGCGGACUACUCUGAGGGAGAACUGGACGAAGACCAAGAACACACACAUCAUCACAGUGAACACACACAUCAUCAAAGUGAACACACACAUCAUCACAGUGAACACACACAUCAUCACAGUGAACACACACAUCAUCACAGUGAACACACACAUCAUCACAGUGAACACACACAUCAUCACAGUGAACACACACAUCAGCACAGUGAACACACGCAUCAGCACAGUGAACACACACUCUUCGAGCAGGCCCCAGCAAGCUGGCUCAGUGUUCCACAGGUGUAUCUGCUGCCGGACACACCCGCAGCAAAGAGGGUUGUCGGCCCCAGCCACCUGUCCAAAUACCUGAAAGUGAAGGGCCUUCACAACACAGAACCGAUCAUAGGUCUGGGGAGUGUGGUGGAGUGUAGAGGUAUAUCCCAGGCUACGUUUUUCAUGUGUGUGAGCUGUGCUGAGACUCUCUCCAGUACACACAUCUGUGAACACAUCAUCAGCGCGCAACACCAGCAGUGCUACAUGUUUUCCCAGUAUAGUCCUAUGCGCUGUGAUUGGUUGAGAGAGCAGCAGCAGCCUCCGAGUCCACAGCUCCUCAGGAAGGUUGCUUCAGCACUGUCACAACUGGAGGUGGAUCUAGAUGCACAGGUGAUACUGCUGGAUCAGAUGUGGUAUAACCUUGUGCAGUCAGCUCCAUUCUACGAAGCCAUGUACAUGCUGCAGGAACAGAAUCAGAAUGCCCUGUGUCUACACACAGCAAGCAGACAUCAGCUUUUUCCCCCAGUUGGUCCUGACCCAGCAACGGAGCAGGGCUUUGACCAGAACCACAGAGUGAUGGAUAAACUGACCAUGGAUCAGAUUGAGCCCCAUCACCUCCUGCAGACAGCAGAUACAGUGGCUGGUAAACUGACUGGAGAUCAGCUGGAGUCAGGCCAGUGCAUACAGACCGCAGACAGACGGCCAGAUAAUCAGAACCCGGAUCAGCCCCAGUGGAGCCAGAGCUCAGAGAGAACAGAGAUGGUCCCUGAGCCAAUAAGAGCCAAGACACCAUAUAAUUCUGAGCCAAUCAGAGACCAGACACCACAGACCAUUGAGCCAAUCAGAGUCAAGACGCCAAAAAAUUCUGACCCAAUAAAAUUCCAGACACCACAGAACACUGAGCCAAAAAGAGCCUGGAUGCCACAGAACUCCUCAGAACCACAUCUGGACCAAGACAACACAGUCAUUGUCAAACAGGAGCCUGUGGACCCCAAGGUGGAACCUCAGCCCCAUCCUCAUACCCAGCCUGAGGUGGACCCCUUAAAGGAUUCCCUGGAUGAACACAGAGUCCAGUUCUCCCCAGAUGUACAGAACCUGGCUGGUGUGUGUGAGGUGGAGUACCAGGGGACCGUCCUAGGACACAGCCAAGAGGUGACACGAAUAGGAGGGGCCACAGAGAACUCCCUUCACCCCACCAAGAACCUGAGAGACUCAGUCAACAAUAGCCUGCCUUUGGUCGGUCUCAGUGCAAUGAUAGAGUGUUGCAGUGAGGGCCAGGUGUCCUUCUACCUGUGUGUGUCGUGUGGCAGCAAAAUUGAAAAAACUCUACUCAUCAGCCACGUCCUCAAAUACAGACACCGACAGCUGUACCUGACAAUGAGGUACCCGUGGUAUUUCCUUGGUGUGGUACCAGCCCGAGGGUUGGCAGAACAGUCCAGACUGAUGCAGAUUGCUAAGGAGGUGGAGGAGCAGAACCAUGAUGAGCCUGGCACGCUACAGGAGGUGAUUCUGGCCCCUGCUGACUUUGACGAGAUCAAACGGAUGCUGUUUGAUAAAGCUGUAUCCCGUUUGCAGGAGAUCUGUAGAGAGCAGAACCAGACUGAACUCCUCACCAUGGUCACCAGCAAACCUGAACCAAUAGUGGUCAAGCAGGAGAUUGUGGAGUGCCAGGUGGUCUCCCAUCAGGCCUUGGGGCAAUUCCUACUGCCACAGAGAUGUAGGAGAAACACGGGAAAACGUUGUUCUAACGUUGAGGGGUCAGAGGUGAGGGGUCAGCAGCAGGUGAAGAAGAGAAAGGUGUCUAGCCCCCCUGAGGGUCACACUGCACCUGUCAUCUGUCUAUCAUCUCCUGAAGUCACCAAGUCUUCUGAAACACACACUGUUAACCAGACACACACCAUCACACCCUUACCCACAGCAUCCAACACUAAGCAGAAACUCACAUACACACACUCUGACUCUCAAACUAAACUUAAACCUUCACGCACACACCCCAAACCCAGUUCAACAGCCCCAGAAUAUACUAGACCCAAACUCAUUCCCCAUUCUGCCACCAAGCCCUCCGGUAUCCCUGCCGACAGCCUGACUCUUGCCAAAGAGUCCUCUAGCAAGAAACCCACUCUCACACUGUGCAAACCCACACACACACUAUCCAAUAGCCAGAAGCUCACUGACAAACAUUCGGACAAAAUUGAGUCUCAGAAACAUACUGAAAAGGCUAAACCUACUCGCACACACAGUGAACGCACACACAGAAAUCGCACACACACUCGCAAACACAGUGACCUCACACACACUGACAAAGCCAAAGACGGACACAGUGACAGGACCAAACGCACACACAGUGACCGCAAACACACUAAGAGACAUUCUGACCAUUCACGCUCUCACACCCGCUCUAAGAGACAUAAUCGUAGCUCCAGCCGUUCCUCCAAAGCCUCCCCCAGAGCUAGUCCCUCUGAGCCCCCCCUGCUCUCCCCCUACUCCCCCGCUGCAUUCUCCCCCACCAGAGCCACUUCUGCGGCGAGCCUAAGCCAGGUCAAACCCAGCCAACCUUCCUGCCUAGUCAACAAACAACUACCCAAACAGUCCAGCCAACCAACCAAGAGACCUCCCGACCCAACCUCAGCAGUCAGACCUCUCCAGACCCAGGCCAACCCUCCCAACAACACCUCUUACCCCCACCUGCACCCAGAAAGAACCGGACCCAGGACGCCCCCACUCGGACCCAUGACCCCCCACCCGGACCCAUGACCCCCCAACCCCCGGCAAUCCCUCCCUGCCUCACUCCUCCACCUCCACCCCAGCCAGAUCCCGUCUACUCCUCUGGGGUUAAGAAGAAGACUUCCAUCGUAGACUGUGAUCAAUUUGUGGAAUACUUUGUCUCUUUGUUGCGCUCCCCCCA